CCCGGUUCCACGAUGCUGCAAUACAGAAAGUUUACGUCGGCCCCGACCCGCGCGGGACUGCAGCGUCCGCUGGAGCGCGGCGCAGAGGCUUUUCCUGCGCGUUCGGCCCCGGGAAAGGGGCGGGAGGGCUGGCUCCAGGCGCGCACGGGCGCGGCGGGCAGGGUACUCACUGUGAAGCACGCUGCGCCCAUGGAUCAUGUCUGUGCGUUACACCAGAGGCUCCGGGCUCCACUAAUUCCAUUUAGAGACGGGAAGACUUCCAGUGGCGGGGGGAGGACAGGGUCGAGAGGUGUUAAAGACGCAAAGCAAGAACGAAAUAAAGGGGGGCCGAGAGGGAGACCCAGAGGAAGGGGGAGCUCCGAGCCCACGCUGCAGCCAGAUCCGGAUGAGUCCGUCCUCCGCCCCGGGCGGGCUCUCGCUGGCCCUCAGCGCCGCGCAGCCAGCAGCAUCCCCACCGUAACGCUCGCAUCACACCCGGGCGCCGGCCGCCACCAUCCGCGCCGCCGCCGUGAGGACCCUCCUCCCCGGCAUCGUCGCCGCCGCGGGGUCGGGAGGACGCGGCGCGCGGGAGGCGGCGGUCGCAGGGCGAGCCCCGGGAUGCCCCGAGCCGGGGCCGGAGCCGGGGAGCGGGCGCAGCGAGGUGGGGGCCAGUCCAGACCGACGGCAGCGACGGAGCGGGCGGCGGCGGCGGCGGGGUGGCUCAGUCCCCAGUCUCAGACGCGCCGCGCAGCAGGUCGGAGCAGCCUCCCCGGGAGGAUGUCCAGCGGCAGCGCUCCUCGCUCCAGCCCUUGGGGAUCUUCCGCUGAGGCAUUGAAGGCAGGAAGAAGGGGUCCGUCAUCGGCUCGCCGGGCUGCGCGCCACCUCUGCUAUCUUGCGGAAAGAGGAGCGGGCGGUCUGAAGAUCCAACCCACAUAUGGAGGAAGAAGGGAAAAGCCAAGAGAAGAACUUCCAUGACGACCCAGAGCCCAGGAAUGGGGGACCUGGACUUCCUGUUUUUUAAAAAAAGAUAAAAUUUCUCUAUUGUUUAAGUCAUGAUUAGCUGGAUCUUCUUUUACGUUUAACUAAAAGUUUCAAAACUGUAAUCCUCCAAAUAAAAGUUAUUUUCUCUGCA